GCCAAGUGCAUACGACAACAACACCCGGCACAAUGGCCGCCGCAGCUGUCCUCCCGCCUGUCGACCUGCUCGACCUCAACCGCCUGACCCUCGGAGGCAGGGUCGAGAAGGCGGACUACACCGCCGAGGAGAAGAAGAAGAAGAUCUUUGAGACGUCGUACGAGCCCUCCGAGUCGUGGUGGUCGGCCAACCAGCUCGAGUACACCCGCCCUGCAGACGACCCGCUGCCGGCCGGCUUCCCUGCGCACGUCAACCCCCAGACGCUCUGGGACGGCAAGGAGCUCAUCAACCAGCCCGAGAAGUGGCUCUACACCUUCACCCCCGAGGAUGUCAGCCUCCUCGACGCCGCGUACGACCACUUUGUCGGCCUCAAGCUCCACAACAACAAGAUCGGCCGCGCCACCUUCCCCAUCCCAGCCGAGUCGCGGCUGUACGCCGAGCUCCAGAACGUGACCCACCAGAUCAACCAUGGCGUCGGGCUGCGCGUCCUCCGCGGCCUGCCCGUCGACGAGUGGACACGCGAGAAGCAGAUUGUCGUGUUUGCCGGCGUUGCGUCGUACCUCGGCGACGAGACGCGCCAGCGCCAGGGCGACAGGAACAUUACGCACCUGCGCGACAUCACCCACCUGACGGCCGAUGACCGCCCCGCAAUUGUGGUCAAGGGCCAGACGAGCGGCAACCAGGUGUUCCACAACGACGGCGCGGCGGGCAUUGUCGGCCUCAUCACCCUCGGCGUCGCCGAGACUGGCGGCCUGAGCCAGCUCUCGUCCGUCGCGGCGACGUACAACGACCUGGCGAACUCGCGCCGCGACAUCCUGCGCGUGCUCGCGACGCCCGACUGGGUGUCGCAGUACGGCGUGCAUGCGAACAACCACGGCUCUAAGGCGCUCGUGUACCCCAUUAACGAGGGCAAGGACAUCUUCUUCGCGUACUCCCGGCGCCCGUUCUUCGGGUUCUACGAGGCCAAGGCUGGCGUCGACCCGUUGCCGGAGGACAAGCACCUCGCGCUCGACGCGGUGCACUUCACUGCCGAGAAGUACUCGCUCGACAUUGCGCUCCAGAAGGGCGACCUCGAGUUCUUCAACAACCACACCGUGUUCCACGCGCGCAAUGCGUCCACUGACUCCGAGGAGAACGCGCGCCACCUCAUCCGCAUCUACAUCGAGAACAGCGCGCAGGAGAUCCCAGAGCAGCUCAAGGAGCAGUUUGCCUUUGUUAACGACCGUACCGGGCCAGAGCCGGACAAGUGGCCCCUCGAGGCUUGGGACAAGGACAGCUAG